AGUUCAGGCAUUGAUUCGUUUUCUAAUACCGAGAAAUAGAGAGAUUCGUCUCAAUCGCCGGAGAAGUUGAUCUGAGUUCGAGAGAUACUUCGAUUCAGUAGCCGGAGGUGAAGGAGGAGGAGGUGAAGAUGCGGAUCAACGUCAAUACAAUCGCUCGAAAAGUCGAUGUCGAUAAUCGGAUUCCUAUCCGUUAUUACUACCGAAUUGCCGAUAAUCUCCUCAAACAGGCAAAUAUUUAUCGAGAGGAAAAGAAUAUUGUAGAUUUGUUCAUAAUACUAUUAAGAUAUUCAAGUUUGGUGUCUGAAACUAUACCAUUCCAUCGGGAUUACCAAGCAUUGUUACUGAAGGAGAAAGUAACUUACAAGAAGAGACUGUUAGCUGUACUUGAUGAGCUUGAAUCUUUGAAACCAGAGUUUCUCUGUCAAGUGGAUGAACUGCAUAGAGCUCAUGCAGGGGCUCAACUGCUUGAACAAGAUUGCCAAGAUAAGGCAUCACACAGCUCGGUUACGCCAUCUUAUUUAGAAUGGCCUGGUGUCAAUAGAGGAACUAUUUCAAGUAUGGAUAUUAAGCAGCCUGCCAAUGUUGCAAUUCAGUCUUCAUGGAAGCAUAAUAAUGACCGCACUCAAAUUAAUUUUGCAAACAUGGCCCAUUUUGACAAGCAGUUCCGGAAGUUGUCUCUUAACCUGCCUCCUCCAAACAAAGAAACAUUAUCUAGACACUCAAUUUUAGGCCCUAAUGGUCUUCAAGGCCAGUGGCAUGGACCAAGCAUGGAGAUAAAAGUUCAUUAUCCAAGCAAUAUGGACUUGAUGCCUGCUGAAAAUUCAAGCCUGAAUCAGGCUGGACAAUUUAAUACUCUGGCACCGAAAGAUGGUGAUCUGGGGGGUAUUUCUUCAACUAUGGAGUCAGUGCUCUCCUUAGAUGAUGGUCCAUGGUCGUGUCCUUUUGAAGAAUUAUGCCCCCCCUUGAUUAAUGAAGCAAGGGAGGAUCCUUUCCAGUUUGUCAGUAUCAAACAACCUUUGCCACCUCCUGUUCUCGCUGAAGUGCAGCAGGAUUAUGCUCCUAUUUCUCCAUCAAAAGUUGCAGAUCCAAGACCUGGUCCAGCAAAGCAUGCUCAAAAUGGACCACCCAGCACUAACUCUUAUCAACAUUUGCAUUUGCCAGUAACUAUGCUGGAGGAUUUCUUGAGAUUGGCUCGGGCAAAUACAGAAAAGAAUUUGGAAACAUGUGGUGUUCUUGCCGGUUCAUUGAAAAACAGGGUUUUCCACAUCACUACACUUAUAAUCCCAAAGCAGGAAUCAACAUCAGAUUCGUGUUCAACAUUAAAUGAAGAAGAAAUUUUUGAAGUUCAAGACAGAUUAUCUCUUUUCCCACUGGGGUGGAUUCAUACACACCCAACGCAGACUUGCUUCAUGUCAUCAGUUGAUCUGCACACUCAUUACUCAUAUCAGAUUAUGUUACCAGAAGCAAUCGCAAUUGUUAUGGCCCCAACUGAUGCAUCCAGUCCACAUGGCAUAUUUCAUCUCUCCGAUCCGGGUGGCGUGUCUGUUAUUCGUAAUUGUCAACAACGAGGAUUUCAUCCCCACGAAGAAACAUCAGACGGAAGCUCCAUCUAUGAGCACUGUUCUCAUGUCUUUAUGAAUCCCAAGUUAAAGUUUGAUGUUGUUGAUCUCCGGUGAGCUUGCAAAGUUGCGACGCCUAGACUUGACGAGGUAUAUAUGGGAAGUAAACUAUUUACACUUGUGCAGUCAAUCAGUCUAUGUUGUAAAUUUCAUUGAACAGAUAUGUUUCUUUAUGAAGAAAUAUAGCAUUUAUUCCAUUUAUUCCUUCAAUCAUACCCUAGGAAUUACCAACAACCAUUCUUGUUAUCUCCUAUACCGUAAGAGUUAGCUGCUGGAAUUAGUGGUAAACGCUAGAAACAUUAUCUGAUCGACAAUACCACUCAAAUAAUGUAUUCAUAGUCGUGCAAUCUUCUGCUGACUAGUACAUCCAUGGCAACAAUAAAUUAAUGUAUUGAGGAAGGCCCUGCUUUGCCGCUUUGCCGCUUUGCCAGACCUGGACAUGGGCUUGCAAUUUUAUCAAGGACAGCUUUUACUUGUCAGCUGCUGGAUGGAUGUAAAAUGUUAUGGUCUCAGCAUUUCUUGUCAAGGAACAUAUGCAUGGCGAUCUGAUCCAGACGGUUCCCAGUCCCAGGAGUUGUGUUUUCCCAGAGAUAUACAAUUGUGAUUAGGGCAUAAUGUAGUGGUCCAAAUAGCUCUGUAAUGGCAGAAAUGAUUAUCACAGUCAGCAUUUGUCAGUAUAAGUGGUUGUUGGGCAAAUAAAGAGGCUUAAAUAAA